AUGGCCGGAACUAUUUCCCACGCCGUCCAGGCUCACAAUGCCUCCCAGCAACUUCCCGCGGCCUUCAAGGUCUAUGACCCACGUUUCCUGGAUAUCACCGGUCCGACGCCCAAGCUCGAAGUCCUGCUGAAGAACGAUGACUUCCCCUUCGCCCACGAAGCCAGCGUCUACAUCCCGUCCAAGGACGAGCUCUUCCUGACCAGCAACAUCUUCACCGACCCGGUCACCAACCAACCCACCAUCAAGAUCUCCAAGGUCGCUGUCAGCGCCCACCCCGUCACCUCGGAGAUUGUGAACUCCACCAUCCCCUUCGCCAACGGCGGCGUCAACCACGGCGACGGCAUCCUCUUCUGCGGCCAGGGCACCCUGUCCCAGACCGGCGGUCUGUUUCAGAUGUCCGUCGACCCGCCGUAUACCUCCCACCUGCUCGUCGGCGACUUCUACGGCCGCCAGUUCAACUCCGUCAAUGACGUCGUCGUUCACUCGGACGGCUCCUUCUGGUUCACGGAUCCCACCUACGGCCAUGUCCAGGGCAUCAGACCCCAGCCGAAACUCCCCAGCCAGGUCUAUCGCUUCGAUCCGGCCACCGGGAACGUGCGUGUCGUCGCCGACGGCUUCGGGAAACCGAAUGGGAUCGCCUUCUCGCCGGACGAGAAAAUCGUGUAUAUCACCGACACGGCGGCCGCGAUCGGUAACGGUAGCACUGACGCUACUAAGCCGUCCACCAUCUACGCAUACGACCUCACCACCUCCCACAACGAACCCUUCCUGACCAACCGUCGCGUUUUCGCCAUGGCCGACACCGGCAUCCCCGAUGGCAUCAAAGUCGACACGAACGGCAACGUGUACGCGGGCUGCGGCGACGGCAUUAACGUCUGGUCGGCGGGUGGUGUUCUGCUAGGCAAGAUCUUGAUCAAGGACGGGGCGGCGAAUUUCUCGUUCGGGCGCGACGGUCGCUUGUUUAUUCUUAAUGAGAAGAUUCUCUGGGCGGCGCAGUUGGGGGAGGGGGUUAAGGGGGCUUUGUUGGGGAUUUAA